GUUCUCCUGCGAGUAACACACAGAGAGAGGUAAUACUAUAUCAGCAAAAUUAAACACACCUAUUCAACAAAGCAAAUCUUCUCAUCAGGCUUUACCACACAAGCCAAGUAUAUUUAGGAUUUUCCUGUCAAAAGCCUGAAACUUGUCCCACAAAACCCGGGAGAUAGACCUAUGUUACGUUACCAAGAGGGGGAGAUAGAGAUAGACUGAGAAACAAAAAGUUUUGUCCAUGGGCUUGUGUUAGAUACACAAUCUCACAACACUUGUUAACAAAAGCAGGUAGGAGAGAACAAAGGAUCUAGAGAAGAUAAGGUUAUAUUGAGCGUGAGAGAGAGAGAGAGAGAGAGAUCUGGAGGGAAUGGAAGACGGUGGUUGUAAUGGGAGUUCAUGUGUGAUGGGUUUUGGAGAGAACAGUAACAAUAGUAGUGGUGGUGGGUUGUGUGCUUCAUCUCAUCCAAUGAUGAUGAUGAUGCCUUUUGUGACUACUUGUCAUAAUGUUUCCCAUCAAAUUCCAUUCAGUCCUAAUCCUAUGAAUAAUGCUCCUCCCACACAAAGUACUCCUUUGUUUCCUUUGCCUUCUUGCACUAACACUCCUACUACUUCCAAUCAUCAUCCCCAAAACCACCACCACACCACCACCACCAACACUACUUCUUCUGGUUCUGGGUUAGCCUCCUUUUUCAUGGACGCCAACAACAGCAACAACAACGCUAGCUCUUCUUCUUCUGCCAAAGCAAAGAUCAUGGCUCAUCCUCACUAUCAUCGUCUUUUGUCAGCCUACGUUAAUUGUCAAAAGGUCGGAGCUCCGCCGGAAGCGGUGGCGAGGUUAGAGGAAGCAUGUGCGUCUGCUUUGACAAUGGCCGCCGCUGGUGGGUCGGGGUGUAUCGGAGAAGAUCCGGCACUGGAUCAGUUUAUGGAGGCGUAUUGUGAGAUGCUGACCAAGUACGAGCAAGAGCUCUCCAAACCCUUCAAGGAAGCUAUGCACUUUCUUCACACCAUCGAGUCUCAGUUCAAAGCUCUCACUAUUUCUUCCUCGUCAGAUUUCGCAUGUGGAGAGGCUAGUGAUCGGAAUGGAUCAUCAGAAGAAGACAUGGAUGUGCCGAAGAAUCUGAUCGAUCCACUGGCGGACGACCAAGAGUUGAAGGGCCAACUUCUGCGGAAAUACAGCGGAUACUUGGGCAGUCUGAAGCAGGAAUUCAUGAAGAAGAGGAAGAAAGGGAAGCUUCCUAAAGAAGCAAGACAACAGCUUCUUGAUUGGUGGAGCAGACACUAUAAAUGGCCUUACCCAUCUGAGUCACAGAAGCUGGCACUGGCAGAAUCAACAGGACUGGAUCAGAAGCAAAUAAACAACUGGUUCAUAAAUCAGAGAAAGCGUCAUUGGAAACCUUCAGAGGAUAUGCAGUUCAUGGUGGUCGAUCCUUCUCAUCCUCACCACCACUAUUACAUGGACACUGUUCUUGGCAAUCCCUAUCCUAUGAUCUAAUAUCACGAUGCUAUAUAUAUGGUAAGUCGGGUAUGAGAAGCUGUGUAUUAAUUGUAGUGUCAAAUAUUUGAAGGGCAUUGAACGCUUAAACCUUGUGGGGAUGAUUAAUUGUAUUGCGUGUAGAGACUAGACAAUUAUGUGUAAAUCCGGACUGCGAAGCAACCUGUGUAAAUCCGGACAGCUCUAUAUAUAUUUUUGUCGUCAGAUGCAAGGAUGCUAUUAGGUUUAUAAAGUCGAAUAUAGUACUUGAACUUUGCUGGAA